CCCAACCGACCGAGCCACCCAGGCGCCCCCUCCACCCCGGUUUUACUGAGAUAUAAAUGACAGGCAGGACUGUGUCUGUUGAAGGUAUACAGCACGAUCUGGUAUGCGUGAAUUGCGAAAUGGUUAUCACCAUAUGUGUGUUUCUUAUUCAUUUGUUGGAGCUCAUCCGUGAGGUCUUUGCCCCUCGUCUGGUCUCUUGGUGGCAAAGACCUCCUCCCAGGUUAUCAUUUGGCUUUGGCUUUUGCUGCCACCGGUGUGUGUUUUUGAGGAGCACGUUUUUUAUUUUUAUUUUACUUUAUCUGCUGUGGUGCUUUUCGAUGACGGAGACGGCUGCAUUUAUGAGCUGACGGGAAGGAGCCAGAGGACGGAGCGGCUGAGUCCCGGAGGAGAGGCGGGUCCGUAGGUUGAGGUCCCAGAGAUGCAGGAGGUAGGGGUGUCUGGCACUGGUUGAGGGACCUUCUGAGCUGGUGAGGACAAGAGGCGAAAGGGAAGGGCUGGACCGACACCUUAGGGACCGGCUUUGAUCUUCAUGUAGAGAGAGGCGGAAGAGCUCAGUGGAGAGAAGAGAUUCUGGUCCUGAGGUCCCAGCUCCCAAUGCUGUUUGCCAGCCUCAUCCCCUGGGGUCCUCCCUGCUUCCCUGGGAGGUAGCAGGUGUUAUCACCCCCCACUUACAGACUGGGGGGAGGGAAGCUGCCUUGUUCUGGUUCAGUCAGCUGAUGAGCGGCGGGGAUGGGUUCAACGUUGGCCCUCCAACAUUAACUGCGCGCCCUUGAGAACCGCUCUCCUCUUGGUGCCUCCAUUUCUGGUAGGUAUCAGGAAGCCGUGCCCAUCUUAGUCCGAGCGAGUGUCCUUUCCUCUCCUGUCUGCCUGUUUGCUUUCCCUCUGGAAGCUGAGCUGGCCACGGGACUAGAAGAACCCCUCCCCUUCUGCUUAGUGCCUGCACACUGUCCCCUGUGCCCACACCCGCACCCACCAGGAGCUGACUCCAGCAGGACACAGAGCACUUCCUGGAAGUCCCACCAGCGCCAGGUCUGAAUGGACAGACGGGGGGGGGGGGGGGCGCUGGGUGAGGAGGCAGGCACGUGAGGGCGAAGCGGGAGAAGUGAUCUUCACGUUCACCCAACAGACUCGGUUUGGAAGAGCAGAAUCUGUUGUCCCGGGUGUAGAAACAGAGCCCAGAAAGGUCCCCACGGCUGCCCCCCCGCCCCCACCUCUCCGGGGUCCUCUGCAGUCCUCAUUUGCACCUUCCAUCGGGUCUCCAAGGCAACCUCCUGAUUUGGGGGGCGGGCUUCCACGAUUGAGCCCUUACCCGGUGCCAGACGCUGUUACCUGACCUUAUUUAACCCCCUCGGUCACCCUGUGCCAUUCUGCCCAUUUUACAGGUGAAGAAACUAAGACUCAGAGUCAAGAGUUACGUGCCUUUUCUUUAUUGCGGGGGGUGGGGGACGUUUGAGGCUCCGGGGCCACAGCACUCCCAGGUGAACUUGGCCACGGGCAGACCCCUUUCACCUAGGGGAGGGGGUUCGAACCCCAGCGGUUCCCUCAACUCUUAAAACUGGUGGAUACGAAGAGUGCCCGCUGGAUACGAAGAGGGCUGGCGGGAGGCUUAAGUGAGUUACCGUGCGAAAGCCACUCUGCCCCGUGGCUGUGCACAGGAAGUCCUCAGGAAGUGGACACUGACCACGUAGUUCCGCGCCUGUCACGGGGGAGCCAGUCACAAACGUCAACUCAAGCGCGCUCACCCCUCCCCAUGCUGAGGGGAUGACAGCGUGAGCUCUGGAAAGCCUUUCUGGAGGCCAGUUACUGUGCCGCAUCUGUAAGUGCAAAUUCCAUUUCCUUCGGCCCAAGCGGCUCAUUUCGAGGAACCAGUCCUCCCGAAGCAAUUAAGGAUGUGCUCAAAGACGGGAGUGCAAAGACAGUCACCGCGGUGUCGCCCGUAAAAGCAGAAGGAUGCAAACCACACUUCCGGCAGCCCAGACGGGAAGCAGGCGGGACGAAGGAUGCGACUAACCACGCGAGAUGGAUUUGUGGACGCGGAGAGCCUGUGGAAGGGCCGUGUUCCUGUUGGCAGAGACGGUUGGCUGCUGAGCCGGGGCGUGUCUCCAGGAGGGCUGCCCGGCUGCCCAGAUCCCCACCUCGCCGCCAUGGGCCGCCCAGGCUGGUCAGUUACCAGCCAGUGACGUCAUCGCGGUUCCCGGCCCUCCACCAGGAGGGCCGGCCAGUUGCUCAGUCUCGCUCUCAGGCCAGGAGAUCCGUCCGUCCUGGGGAAGGGGUGACUCCAGCUCCCCUUAGCCUGCGGGCCGCACCCAGUCCCCCCGCCCCUCUGUGUCCAAGUUUCCUGGCCGCCGAAGGAGAAAUGAUACAACUACCCCUGGGGUUACUGAGAGCCAGAGGGGGUGUGCGUGGGGCACCAAGAAUUUAGAAGGCACUGAGUACACGGUGGCCAGGAUCCUGCGAAAAGCGAGAACAGCCCCGGCGAAUGUGCACCGAGUCCUCAAAGUGCCAGGCGCGCUCCCAGGUCCCCUCUGCCGGUUCUCUCCCGGGCCGGAUUGUGCAGUGGUGAGAGAGUGCACUCUGGAGCCAGAUGGCCUGGCUUCCAAGCCCUGCCCUGCCACUUGCCUACCGUGGGACUGUAUGUGAGCUUACCAGACUUCUCAGUGCCUCGGUUUCUUCACCUGUAAGAUGGGGGCGAUGAUCGCCUCUGCAAAGGGCGGUUGUGAGGGUUUAAGAAGUUGACUAUGUGUGAAAUGCUGAGCACGUCACCUGGCACGUGUGUGGUGACGGCCAGCCCUUGAGUGGGUUCCAGUGUUCCCGUCCUGAAGGUGGCAAAUCUGAGCUGAGUGCGUUGCCCCAGGUCUUAGCUGGUUCAGGUACACGUCAGGUCCCGUGCCUCCCAGAUGCUCCUAUAGUCCUACCCUUGGGGACAGAGCCCAAGCCUGUUUUGUUCCCCCAGCCACCUGCCGGACCCCCAGGAUGUUCUUAGCUGCUGGCCAAGUGGACAUCACCAGGAGAGGGUGAGGGUCCAAGGGCAAUAGUCCUGGGCAAGGUUACGGGCUACGGCACAACCUCCCCGCCCCUGUCCCUCCAGACCUGCGUCUGUAAGUUGCACGGCCCAGGGCGGGGGCUGGGGAAGCCAGGUGCCCAGGAGACCCCACUGCGUCUGAGGCAAGGGCUUUAGGACCCAGCACGCAUCCCCGUGUGUCUGGAGCCCACCCGUCCUGCAAGCUUGCCAGCCAGCCCCUUAGCAGCCAGCGCCCAGGCCGCCGGAGCCCCAGGCUUCUCUGCAGAAAGUCCCCAAGGCUGCUUGGCCGUCUGCCUCCUCGGCGCAGUUCCAGCCGGUCUGUGGAGCUGAAUGGGGCUGAGGGGUAAAGCGCUAGGCUUCGAGUCACAGGCUGCCAGCGGCCCGAGGGGGACCGGCCUCACCCGGCAAAGGGGCCUGUGUGCCGCGUGCAGGAGCAUCACCUCUGACAACCCUCGUGGCUGCCGGAACCCCCGGCCUGGGCCCGCGAUGGCCACGUGUCGUAGAUAGCACUGGCUGCGUCCUUGGGAAGCUCACAGGUGUGUCACAGAGAGCGAAAGGGACUCUGCCCAGACCUCGGCCCCGUGGCCUGCUUUUCCAGCUUUCCCAGGUGAGGAAGGAGAUGGGACUCUGCGACCAGCGGGCCCCAGGGCUUCGGAAGCCAGCACCGGCCGUGGCCGGUGUCUGUGGGAAGCGUUUUCUCGGGCUUAGGGAGGUGGCAGCCUGCCCUGAUGUGCUGCUCGUCUCUUGCAGACCAGCCAGUUCCCGCUGGAGGCUCCUGGGGUCAUCCGGGGAGAACAUGUCCAGGCCCCCUGACUGCCUGCUGCGGCUGCUCCGGGGAGCCCCGAGGCAGCGGGUCUGCACCCUGUUUAUCAUCAGCUUCAAGUUCACGUUUUUCGUCUCCGUCAUGAUCUACUGGCACAUCGCGGGAGAGCCCGGCGGCCAGAGGGAGUUCUCUAACCUGCCUGCCGACGUCCCCUGCCCCCGGCUGGUGCCCCCUACGCCGAUCUCCAGCACCCCGCCUCCGGGCAACAUCUUCUUCCUGGAGACCUCAGACCGGACCAACCCCAACUUCCUUUUCAUGUGCUCCGUGGAGUCGGCGGCCAGGGCUCACCCCGAGUCCCGGGUGGUGGUCCUGAUGAAGGGGCUGCCCGGCGGGAACGCCUCCCUGCCCCGGCACCUGGGGCUCUCGCUUCUGGGCUGCUUCCCCAACGUCCACGUGCUCCCGCUGGACCUGGAAGAGCUGUUCCGGGACACGCCGCUGGCGGCCUGGUACGCGGCCAGGCGACGCCGGUGGGAGCCUUACCUGCUGCCCGUGCUCUCCGACGCCUCCAGGAUCGCGCUCAUGUGGAAGUUCGGGGGCAUCUACCUGGACACGGACUUCAUCGUCCUCAAGAGCCUGCGGAAUCUGACCAACACGCUGGGCACUCAGUCCCGCUACGUCCUCAACGGGGCCUUCCUGGCCUUCGAGCGCCACCACGAGUUCAUGGCGCUGUGCAUGCGAGACUUCGUGGCCCACUACAACGGCUGGAUCUGGGGCCACCAGGGCCCGCAGCUGCUCACGCGGGUCUUCAAGAAGUGGUGCUCCGUCCGCAGCCUGGGUGACAGCCACGCCUGCCGCGGGGUCACCGCCCUGCCCUGUGAGGCCUUCUACCCCAUCCCCUGGCAGAACUGGAAGAAGUACUUCGAGGACAUCAGCCCCCAGGAGCUGCGCCGGCUGCUCAACGCCACCUACGCCGUCCACGUGUGGAACAGGAAGAGCCAGGGCACCCGCUUCAAGGCCACGUCCAGGGCACUGCUGGCCCAGCUCCAUGCCCGCUACUGCCCCACGACACACGAGGCCAUGAAGAUGUACUUGUGAGGGCC